CUAAAAUACUGACCUGCAUUACCAAAAAUGCGCUUUAGUCAUGCAUAUGCUGAUUUACAACUUGUUUAAGGUGGUAUUCCAUGAAAACAAUCAUUUUACGAUUUUUCUGUACAUUCCUGAUCAUAGUCCGCAUGCGGUGGCGGGUUACCUGCGUUGGAGCAACCUACACCACAGCAAUUAGCACUUGAUAUGAUUUAGCUCUAUGCAGUUAUAAAAUGGGUAUUUGUAGUGAAGUUUUAAAGCACUGCACCUUAAAACCUAUUCGAAUUCAAUGUAAAAAUGGCAAGUUAUUCUCGGAACACAGAGCAAGGUACACAAGCUAACUGCACUUGUACUCUACUCAAAGGGCCGAAGCUGGUCAUUAUUGACACUAUGACUGCAUGGGAUGGAGAAAUAUUGACGAAGGCCUUGCUAAGCAAUAAUGUUAAUUGCAAAGACAUCGACUUCGUUAUCUGUACUCAUGGACAUUCCGAUCAUAUCGGAUGCAAUUACCUUUUUCCCGAAGCAACUCAUAUCGUCGGAAAUUGCAUAUCUCACAAAAAUAAUUAUUAUGCGCAUAACUUCUCAGACAGUCCGUACAAAAUAGACGAAAACGUACAAAUAAUACACACACCGGGUCACACUUUACAAGAUGUUACAGUAUUGGUAGAAAAUGAAAAUGGUAUUACCGCCAUUGUUGGAGAUCUCUUUGAAAAUGAGGAUGAUUUAGUGGACGAUACUAUUUGGAAAAAUGCAGGCAGCGACUCUCAAGAGCUGCAAUUUCAGAAUCGAGACAAAAUAUUGGAAAUUGCAGAUUGGAUCGUUCCAGGACAUGGACCUAUGUUUAAACUGAAUAAAUAAUUUAAAUUAUAAACUUA